AGAAUAGCCGAUCGUACUGGCCUGGCUUAAAAAUUCCUGGUGGAGCAGUCAACUCUUGACCUUUGGCAAUAUCGCUUAGAAAAAUUAAAGCUCGGCCUUUUAUCACCUUGCCGGCAGUGGGAGAUCUUGGAGUUGGGCUAGGGGCACCAGGAAUAUCAUCAGAAUGGCCGAAGAACAGCAGCCGCCGAACAAGAAGCCCGAAAACACAGACACCCCGGAGAGGAACGCGGCCACGGGAUUCGGCUUGGAGGACCACGAGGCCACCCAGCAGGAUGCCCGGGUGACAACCCUGCGGCUCGCCGAGGAGCGACGUGGCUCCAUGAUGCCUCCCGAAAAGCGACCGCUCAAGGGGACUUCGCAAGUGAGGCUGCAGACCGCAAAUGAGCAGUGGGGCGGUGGUCGCGUUGGUGAGCACACACCCCCAGUCGCCUCAUCCGCUGUGGCUCCGGAUCUGCCGCCCAAGCCGCAGCGUUACUCCGAUGCCGACGCCGAUGUCGAAUCCUCCGAGGUGGAAAGAUCACCACAGAAGAGGAAAUCCGAGAAAUCAGAUGUACUGAUCUCGGAUAGUCCCAUGUCGUCGGAUGAUCAACAAUCUCCGGCCCCAACGACGGAACCGACACCACGGACUGCAGCACCCGCACCCGCACCAGCUCCAGCUCCAAGUCCAUCCCAAGCUGAACCCCAGCGGAAAUCCAUUGAUUUUGCACCCACAGGAGCGGAACCGAUGCCACCGCCGGCUCAAAGGCCGGAGGAUGUGCCUAUGCCACCGCCCAUGAUGUCGUCCUUGCAGCCGGACACCAGCAAGGACGAUGUGCAGAGCUCGUUGAGCAAGCUGACCAACACGGACGUGACCUUUGACCCGUCCAAAGAUUUUGCCAACAAGGGCACCAACACUUCCGGCAUGAUCUAUUCGGGGAGCGAAUCGGACCUAGGGGCCGAGCCAGUGUCCCAGCUGCCGGCCGUGUUCCCCGCCAGCGAUCUGGACACCCUCUUCCAACUGGCCUGCUCGGAGGUAAAGAAGGCUGGCGCCAUCGCCUUGGCCGAGAACGAAAAGAAGAUGGAGUACACCACCAAGCAGCACACCCAUGACCUGGUCACACCCGCCGACAACAUAGUCGAGGAGACCUUCAUCAAGGCCAUCAGCUCUCGGUUUCCCGAUCACCAAUUCAUUGCUGAGGAGCGAAUUUCAAAGUCGGAGACCGGAAUGGUUACGCUGACAAACGAGCCCACCUGGAUAAUCGAUCCCAUUGACGGCACCAUGAACUUUGUCCACCACUUUCCACACUACUGCAUCUCCGUGGCCUAUUUGGUGAACCAGGAGACGCAGUUUGGCAUCAUCUACAAUCCGCCCAUGAAGAACAUGUACACGGCGCAACUGGGAAAGGGGGCGCAGCUGAACGGCUCGGACAUUCGGACGACUGGUGAGACCAAACUCUCCUCGGCCAUGAUCCUGCAGGAGUACAGCUCGGACAGUAAUGAAACGCGCAAUCUGGUGGCGGCAGAGAAUUUUCAGCGACUGGUGAAAAAGACACAUGCCAUGCGCUCCAUUGGAUCUUCUGCGAUGUGCUUGGCAAUGGUGGCCUCUGGAGUGGCGGAUGCGUACUACAACUUCGGGCUGCAUGUUUGGGACAUGUGCGCGGGAGCUCUGAUAGUCACCGAGGCUGGCGGAGUGGCGAUGGAUCCGGCCGGAACCGAACUGGACAUAAUGUCUCGACGCUGCUUGGCGGCGUCCACCGAGCACCUGGCCUUGGAACUGGGCUGUCACCUGGAGCAGAACUAUCCCUCGCCCCGGGACGAUGAGCCGCGAUCCGUGAAUCCCAACGAGUACGGCCCCGCUCCGGAAACCAAAGACUUCUCCGCCCAAACGGACUUUCCGGAUUCCGAUAGCGCGGACACCACGGACACAGAUGCUGAAAGACACUAAACUGACCACCAGAAAGGCCAGCUUAAAUUAAAUUUUUAGUUAUUCAAUAAAUUCACAAUGAAAAGGCGAUGGGUAAUCAAAACACAUUACCCAAAAAUA